AUGGCCGACAUUGACUUCUGCACUCUGGGCAUGUUCAUCAUCGACGAAAUCGAGUUUGCCCCACCCAAGCCAGCCGUCAGAGACAUUGUAGGCGGCGGGGGCUCAUACUCCGCAUUGGGAGCACGCAUCUUCUCUCCCCCUCCAAAAUCAAGUUCGGUGGGCUGGAUAGUGGAUUGCGGGUCAGACUUCCCGCCUGAGCUUCGACGCGUCAUUGCUCACUGGCAGACUGGUGUACUCUUUCGAGAGACGCCUGGUCGGUUGACUACGAGAGGAUGGAAUGGCUACGGGGAACAUGAGCAUAGAGCUUUCCGCUACAUGACACCCAAACUGCGCAUAGAUCACCUUGCCUUAGUUGACACGCCAUUACUAUGGGCCAAGUCGUUCCACCUCAUCUGCUCACCGCUGCGUUGCAUUGAUCUCGUCCAGAACAUUCUUCACUUGCGUCAACAAGCGUCGGAUGGGCAGUCAAGUCAUCACCCUUUGUUCAUAUGGGAACCAGUGCCUGACCUCUGCAUUCCUGAAGAGGCUGAAAACUGUCUAAUAGCACUCAAGUUGGUCCAUGUCGUCAGCCCCAAUCAUGGAGAACUUGGCGGCUUCUUCGGCAACGACACCAAUGGCAAAGAUGCAGUCGACUUUCGACUCGUCGAGACGCUGUGUAGUCAAUGGGUAGAGAGUGGUAUUGGGCCUGACAGUAAUGGCGCGAGUGUAGUCCGAUGCGGUAAAGAUGGAUGUCUAGUGGCGCGGAGGGGAGUGCAAAAGUGGCUGCCUGCGUAUCAUCAGUCUGCAGAAAAGGUCAUUGAUCCGACAGGCGGUGGUAACGCCUUCUUGGGUGGGCUAGCGGUCGGGCUGGUUAGAGGGGACGCAGAGCCUGCCAUCGAGAACCUGGAAGAGGCUGCAAUCUGGGGUUCUGUCGCAGCAAGCUUUGCUAUCGAGCAAGUCGGCAUGCCAGUCCUCUCCUACACUCCAGAAGGCGAAACAUGGAACGGCGUUCGCGUUCCGUAG